AUGACGAAGCAAGUCCAGGACGUGCCGAUCUUCGAGGCGGAUCGCGUGCUCGAGUGCGGCAACACGCUUGGAGAGGGCAUCACCUGGGCCAACGGCCAGAUCGUGUGGGUCGACAUUGAGAACGCGUCGGUGCACACUCUUACGGGUGACAAGCAUGAAACCCGCACCUUCCCGGAGACGCGAUACGUGCCCGCCGUCGCCGGCGUCGCUGGCGCCGAGGACGGUCUAGUCGCAGCCUUCCACGACCGGCUCGUCCACCUCCCCUCCCCCUCCUCCUCUCCGGAGGACAUCGCCCUCCUGAUCCCGGAGGAGGAGAAGAGCGCAGUCCGUCUGAAUGACGGGGCCUGCGACCCCGCCGGCCGCUUCCUCGUCGGCAGCAUGAACCUCGACGGCCUGGGCAUCUCGCCGCCUCUCGGCAAACUGUAUUCCGUCUCCGCCUCUCCCUCGGCCUCUGGAGGGUAUCAAGUCAAGACUCUGCUCGAGGACGUGGGCUGCUCGAACGGCAUCGACUGGACGCCAGACGGAAGGACCAUGUAUUACAUCGACAGCGCACACCCGCGCAUCGACGUUUUCGACUAUGACGUCUCUUCUGGGUCUAUCUCCAACCGCCGCGUCUUUGUCACCGAGGCCGAUUUGCCGCCACUGCCGCCUGCCAGCCGCGUCCCGGCCCCCAUGGUCGCCUUUGACGGGCUCACGGUCGAUGGGGCCGGAAACGUGUGGGUCGCGCGGUGGGGCGAGUCGCGCGUUGUCUGCUACCGUCCCAGCGGCGAGGCGAUCCUGCAAGUCGUCACGCCUGAGGCUCGCACGCCCACUAUUCCUGCUUUUGGAGGGGAGGGACUGGAUGAGCUCUGGCUCGCUACGGCUAGUGCGGAGCUGGCGGGGCAGAAGGCCCAGGACUGGCCCCGGUCUGGAGAUGUGUUCAAGCUCAAGAUUGGGCAGGAGAUCAAGGCUCUGCUGGGCGGAGGGUGGAAGGGUCGCGCGCGCCAUGGGUUCCGUCUCGCCUAA